UGCUCGAGCUUCUACGACGACAUGAAUUGAAGGCAGGGCUGCACCCGGGGACCUCAGAUACUGAGUCCAUGGCGUGUCGCGGUGAGCUAAAGGCAAUCUCUCAGAUACACCAGAAAAUAUGUCGAGACGAACGCAAACGCACACAUGAGCAGUUGGUGGAAGAGAUAUGGCAGGUCUGGCGUCCCCGUGAUCUUGCAACGACUCACAAUCUUUCCCUCGGGCUGGCCGGAGGUCGAUUCGGACAAGCCUGACAGGGUCAUCCUCGCUUGGAUGGGAUGUUACCGAGCUCCGACGAGUGGCUGGCAGUGUCCCGACUUCCUGGGGGUCAGGGCGGUCAGGCAGCACAUCGGGCUGUGUGGCAGAAGAUGGAGGGAGGAAGAGAGGAGGAUGAGCAGGGGGGGGGUGCGAGGGCCCACGCCGAUCGGCAAAACAACAAAUAAGAAAACGAUCGCCUGAGCACGCCUGUGCUCAUCGACCGCUUCGGCCUCGAGUGCAACUUCUGCGCCAUGCCCGCCCUCGCCGCCGAGAAGGGCGUGGGGCACGGGUCCCUUCUACUAAAGGGGCCCGAGGACACACAAAGGCGCACACGCAAAUCCCAGGAUUCACCACACUUUCGCAGAUCUUCUGGGAGAGGCCCCUCCGAGCCCCC